GAGGGUGAGCAGUUUUGCUGCUACCAAUGUGACUCUUGUCCAGAAGGGACUAUUUCUGAUCAGACAGAUGCUGCCCACUGUGACCUCUGCCCAGAAGACCGAUACCCCAAUCAGCACAAGGACCACUGCAUUGCCAAGAGGAUCCACUUCCUUGCCUAUCAAGACACCCUGGGAUACACUUUAUUAUGUCUCGCUCUUUUCCUCUCUAUGAUCACAUUGGCAGUGCUGGUGAUUUUCCUUAAACAUCACGAAACACCGAUUGUCAAGGCCAACAACCGAGAUCUCACCUACAUCCUCCUGGUCUCCUUAAUGCUCUGCUUCUUCUGCUCCUUCCUCUUCAUUGGUCGACCCAGAAAGCUCACCUGUCUCUUCCAACAAACUUCAUUUGCCAUCCUCUUUUCCCUUGCAGUUUCCUCCAUCUUGGCAAAAACGGUCACGGUGGUUCUGGCCUUCAUGGCCACCAAACCUGGGAACAAGACAAGGAAACUCUUAGGAAAACCACUGACCAACUCCAUUGUCUUAGGGUGUCCCCUGGUCCAAGCAGGCUUUUGUGCCACCUGGCUGGCAACCUCUCCUCCAUUUCCUAACGUGGACUUCCACUCUUUGAUAGGAGAGAUCAUCUUGGAAUGUAAUGAAGGCUCAGCUUCAAUGUUUUAUGCUGUCCUUGCCUAUCUGGGUGUUUUGGCCCUUGUCAGUUUCACAGUGGCUUUUCUGGCUAGGAAAUUGCCUGACAGCUUUAAUGAAGCCAAAUUCAUCACUUUUAGCAUGCUAGUCUUUUGCAGUGUUUGGAUCACUUUCCUCCCCAGCUAUCUGAGCACCAAGGGAAAGUCCAUGGUGGCUGUGGAGAUCUUCUCCAUUUUGGCCUCUGGAGCUGGUCUUUUGGUUUGUAUCUUUUCCCCCAAAUGCUACAUUAUCUUAUUGAGACCCGAUCUGAAUUGUAAAGAAAAUAUAAUGAAGCACAGAAAUCUCUAAUUUAUAUGGGAUUUGGGAAUUUUUAUUUUGGCUUGGGUGCAUUUUGACAGUUGUCCCCAGAGAAGACUUGGUAAUGAACAUGGAAAUCAACAUUGAGAUUAAAUAAGUGGCUAAGAGUUUCCACCUGUACAGUUUCUUCAUUUAUUUUUAUCAAAUCAGUUUUAAAAAAUGGGUUGGAUCCACUAUCAAUGUUUUUAAACAUGUUU